ACGAGUCGUUUGGACCAUCGGUAGCAUGUCCACAGGAGUGGCUGCAUGUGUCAGAGCGUCAGGCACUUCUGGGUCCAGAUUUUUGGGCCCAGGUCAGCCAAAGGUUCUGUGCACGACUGCAGCAGGGACUGUGGUGGAUGGAAAGCUGGAAACAGUGAAAGCUGUUAGAAAAAGGGGUGUGGAUGGACGGGUGCGCGGGUUUGAGGAGAUCCCUCACACGGGGAGGAACGGGUGGAUCAACCUGCUGAAGUUCUGGAGAGAAAAUCGCUUCCAGCAGCUCCACUUGCAUAUGGAGAGGACCUUCAAUGCACUUGGGCCCAUCUACAGGGAGAAGGUGGGCACUUUAAGCAGCGUGAACAUCUUGCUGCCGGCUGACAUCAGCGAGAUGUUUAAAUCAGAAGGGCUGCAUCCCCGGCGGAUGACUCUGGAGCCAUGGGCAACGCAUCGAGAGAUACGCAACCACCGCAAAGGAGUCUUCCUCAAGAACGGAGAAGAAUGGAGAUCCGACCGUCUCCAGCUCAACAAGGAGGUUAUGAUGAGUGCAGCUGUGAGGAGGUUUCUUCCCCUCCUAGACGACGUGGCGAAAGACUUCUGUCGAUUGCUGGAGGACCGAGUGGAGCGAGAAGGAAGAGGAGCAGAGGAAGCAAAGCGCAGCCUCACCAUCGAUCCAAGUCCUGACCUCUUCCGCUUUGCGCUGGAAGCCAGUUGCCAUGUGCUGUAUGGAGAGCGCAUUGGCCUCUUCUCCUCAUCUCCCUCCCUGGAGUCUCAGAAGUUCAUCUGGGCAGUGGAGCGAAUGCUAACAACCACCCCUCCACUCCUCUACCUUCCCCCUCGCCUUCUGCUUCGCGUGGGCGCUCCCCUGUGGACUGAGCAUGCCACGGCGUGGGAUCACAUCUUCAGCCAUGCGGAGGCGAGGAUCCAGAGGGCGUACCAGCGUCUGUCGUCCUCUCAGGGUUCAGGGACUGUGGCAGCUGGAGGCCUCUACGGUGGAGUUCUGGGGCAACUCAUGGAGAAGGGGAAGCUAUCUCUGGAUCUGAUCAAAGCGAACAUUACUGAGUUGAUGGCUGGAGGGGUGGACACGACAGCAGUGCCCCUGCAGUUUGGCCUGUUUGAGCUGGGACGCAACCCAGAGGUGCAGGACAGGGUUAGGCAGCAGGUAAAGAGGUCAUGGGCACAGGCGGGAGGUGACCCUCAAAAGGCCCUGCAGGGGGCACCACUUUUGAAAGGAACAAUCAAAGAAAUUCUCAGGUUAUACCCAGUAGGAAUCACAGUGCAGCGCUAUCCAGUACAUGAUAUUGUUCUCCAGAAUUACCACAUACCAGCAGGGACAAUGGUCCAAGCCUGUCUCUAUCCGAUGGGAAGGAGUUCCCAGGUGUUUGAGGAGCCACUGAACUUUGACCCCGGCCGAUGGAGCGUCAGCCGGGAGAAAGGUCAAAGAGGGGAAGUGAUGGGCUUUCGCUCGCUCGCCUUUGGGUUUGGAGCGAGGCAGUGUGUCGGCAGGAGGAUCGCAGAGAAUGAGAUGCAGCUUUUGCUGAUGCAUAUCCUGCUGAGGUUCCAUUUGAGCGUGCCCUCCUCAGAGGACCUCCAGACCACCGCCACCCUGAUCCUGCAACCUAAGACUCCACCACGGAUAACCUUCAGCAAACUUUGACACAGACAAGAGUCAUCCUCAUCACCUGCUGUGUUCAACCACAGCUUCAUGUACACAAACUUUCAAUAAAUUGUGACACUGAUAAACACAAA